AUGGGAGCACAAGGACCUUCGGCAUUGCUAUAUGAAGUUAAGAAUACAAGUAAUACCGGAGAUAUUUCGUGUGGGUCUCUUUUCGUUUUAUUGAGCUGUACGCCCUUUCAUUCCGAAAACUCGGGUAUGGAUAAAGAUACAAUCCGUCAGAUCUUCCAAAUAACCGCACCGAAUAUAAUAUUUUGCGAUGGCGAAAUUUACGAGAAAAUUCAUGAAGCCACUCGUUCUUUGAGUCCAUUAAUCUAUACGCUUACCGAACAUAUUGACGGCGUUGCCACAGUUGAAGACUUGUUGAAUCCUAUACCAAGUGAAAAUCUUUACAAACCUGAGCUCCUCGUGUUGGGUGGUGAGCAGACAGUAGCAAUACUUUGUUCAUCCGGCACAACGGGUGUACCUAAGUGUGUAUGCAUGUCGAGGCAUAUGCUGAGCACUAAUUAUUCAUUCAUAACCAGCGAAGAUAUAAUUUUCACAAACAGCAGUUUGGACUGGGUAUCUGGCGUUUUCUUCACUUUACUCUCUGCGAUCAGAAGUUGUAAACGUGUAAUUACCAACAAGCCCUAUACCCCCGAAUAUAUGAUUGCGCUGGUGAAGAAAUACAAAAUCUCUUAUAUACUAGCUGCGCCACGUCACGUUUCAACUUUGGUUGCUUGUCCAGCAGCCACCACAUAUAACAUGAGCUCCGUUCGAAAUUUCUUAGUUGGGGGUGGCUGUAUUAGUCAAUCGACUUUGCAACAACUGAGAGGUUUACUUCAAAAUGGCACAGUUAUUUUUGUUUAUGGCAUGACGGAGGCUGGCUUUUUAUCGAUGAACUUGGAUGAUAAAUAUCCCACCUCAGUAGGCAAAUUACUUUCGGGAAUUAAGGCUCGUAUUGUUGACGAAGAGGGAAAGAAUUUGCCACCGAACGCAAUCGGUGAGAUUUUUGUGAACAUUGGACAUACUUGGGGUGGCUACUAUGGCAAUCCAAUUGAGACAAAAAGUCUUCAAGAUUCGGACGGCUGGUUACAUACUGGGGAUCUCGGUUAUUUCGAUGAUUAUAAUAUGCUUUAUGUAGUCGAUCGCAAAAAGGAUAUAAUGAAAUAUCAUGGUGUACAAUAUUGUCCAGCCGAAAUUGAACAGGUGAUCAAGGAAUUGCCUGAGGUUGAAGAUGUCUGUGUGGUCGGUGUAUAUGACAAGAGGCAUGGAGAUGCGGCCGGUGCAAUAGUGGUGCUCCGCCAAGAUGAAAAACUUACGAUAGAGCAUGUCAGAAAGCGUUUACCAUUUGAUCAUAAGCAACUGCAUGCUGUUGUAAUUUUCAUCGAUCGAGAACAUUAUUUGAGGUAUAUAUAAAUUA